CGCCGCCACCGUCGCUACAGUGCCGGGCGAGCACCGCGCAGUAUCGCGCCGCGCUCGCCGCUUCUCGGACCUGGGACCUCGGCGCUCGCGACCCGCUAGUGAUGUGCCUCUAGCCGAUCAUGUGCAGGCGACGAUUGUGUUUAGUGAGUGUGUGCGCGCGAGGCUUCAGGCGGCGCCGGCCCGCGCACCCCUAGCCUCCAGAACAUGUGGACCCUCCUCGUACUGCUAGGCGCGUUCGUCGCUCUCGGUGGCGGGGCCACUUUCGCGCCAAACAAGGAGCUACUAGAGUGUGCAAGCCAGAUCCUGUACAUGAACCAGCACGCGUACAAGAUUCCUGAAAAUUACAAUAGAAACAUUCCACCUGGUAAAAACACAACAGUUUACAUUGGAAUAAACGUCAAUCGAGUAUCUGGAGUUGAUGAGAAUAAAGAGGAAAUAACACUGGACGUGUUCCUGCAAGUGUCAUGGGAGGACGGUCAGCUGCAGAUCCCUCCGGGGCUGCCUUUCAUCGACCUACCCUGGGAGUUCCGGCAGCUGAUCUGGACGCCGGACCUAUACAUCUGGCAGCUGCAAACUAUGAGGACUAUGUCCGUACUGCAGGAGAUGGCCUCACUCAGGAUCUAUUCAAACAGCACUGUCUCAGUUAAUAUAGGAGCUACUAUAACGAUCAAAUGCCAAAUGGAUUUCGUUCUGUAUCCUCUCGAUGUGCAGAAGUGUGCUAUCGAUUUUGGUAGUUACAAAUACACAUCAGAGGACGUUCGAUUCGAGUGGCACGCAGGAGCCCCCUGGCGAGGACUGGUGGGGAAACAGCGCAACCAGUUCCGGCUGCCGAAGUACGUGGUCACCUUCGUCACGGACAAAAGUAAUCAUAUUCGAAAUUUUGGUGAAGGAGAACAUUCAGCAGCCCGUCUGCAGAUCAAGCUGUCCCGCGAGCUGCGCAGCUACCUGUUGGAGAGCUACCUGCCUUCGUCGCUGUUUGUCAUCAUCUCGUGGGGCAGCUUCUGCGUCAUCCCGGAGAUCGUGCCUGGCCGCAUGGUGCUGCUCGUCACCACACUACUCUCUCUCGUCACGAUGUUUGACACAGUCAGUACAAACUCGCCCGACGCACUGGAGCUGAAGUGUAUAGAGGUGUGGCUGAUCUCGUGCACGAUCUUCGUGUUCCUCGCGCUGCUUGAGUACUUCGUUGUACUGUUCGGCAUCCGCUACGAUAAGAGCUGGAGCAAGCGGCGCCAGGACCUGCGACGCGCGCACUCCGCUGCGCAGCUCGCGCCACCACCCCUACACGUCAACCAUUCACAGAGAAUGGGCACACCGGUGACAGGAACGCCUCAAGGCGGCGUCUUUUCACCGCAACUAAGCGUUGAGGACGAUGGCCUAAAGCAACAAUUCUCACAUCAAACUAUACAAAGGGAUUCACCGAUACUGGACACAAUGCCGCCGAACGGCUCGUCUAGGGGUUUCAUCGCACGAGUGUCCACCAUGGUGGACCACGGUGUUAUGUUCUGUGGGGCCCAACAUGGGGCGCUCGACAAAUUCGCCCUCAUGCUGUUCCCAAUAUGCUUUUUUCUUUUUACCGUAAUUUACUGGACAACUUACCUUAGCGAAGCUCAUCGAGCAACUCUCGAGUAGUGACAGUGUGUAAAAGAAAUUAUUAACUUAUGUGAACAGUGCCUAAACUUACCAAGUGAUAAAGACUAUUUUUGUAAAUAUUAGACAAAUUGCUAGUCCAUUUUUGAAAAUUUAGUUCAAUCCUAAGGAAAUUAUAUUGAAGCAUGUUAAUGUCUAUAAGUUUUAAUAUUUUUAAGUUUUUUUUUCUGUUAAUUUAAAGUGAGUGCAAUUAUUUAUUGAAUAAGGAACAAUUAUUGUAUUAACAAUGCUGUUACAAUUUAAGGUUAUGUUUACAUUUGUUAUUUGUUGAAAAAUUUUUCGUAAAUUAUUUAUUUUUAUAAGUGUUAUUGUUCUGAACAGUGCCUUCAAAGUGCGUUAUAUAUGUAAUUCAUACUAGAUGUAACAUGAUACGUAUGCAAUAUACCUUUAAAUUAAAAACUAAAUAAAAAAAAGUUAAACUAUUAUCCCACAAAGUAACUCUAUCGCGGUACUGAAUGAAGAAUUGUAAAGAGCAUUUUGGAAUAGAACUAACAUAUUAAAAUAGUCCAAUUAGUUCAAUUAGUCAAUAGUACAAAACUUUAACCAGAUAUAGACAUAAAAUUUUGUGAUUACCUAAUUCAGAAAUCUGAACCCGUUUUGCCUACCUGCACUUCCUAUAAAAUUAUAUAAUAGUUUGCAUCUAUAGAAACACAGGAGAUCGAAUGCUAAAUAAAAUUUAAAAACCGUGUUUAUAUCGUUUUUUAAAUUAAAUUCUAGAGGAACCUGAAAAUGAAUCGAAUUAUAAAUAUCACUUUUAAUCAUAGACAAUUUAUUAGUGUAAUUUAUUGUCGAAUUUUUAGGAUACUUAUUAAUUGUAUAAGUGCUUAAUAUUAUGACGUAAAAUUAAUUAAUAUUAUAUUAUACAGUUAAUAUCUACAAGUUACGAAAUCUUCUGGGGACCAUAAGGCUUAUACUUAAAUUAAAAAUAGUUGGCUUUAAUUUAGGUGCCUUGUGGUUCAUGUCGAAUCAAAGUAUUUUUAUUCAUAUGACAUGAAAUACAAAUCACUAGACAAAUUAUGUUUCAUCCACUAAUAAAGAUAAAAGAUCUCAUGUCAUCAAAUGAUCAUAUUAGAAGUACAAGUGGUGAUCAAAAUAAUCGCCAUUAAAUUGUCUUCAUUAACUCGAGUUAUUUUAAAUGUGGUACCAUAGAGUUCCGCUGCAGAAACACCUAACCAGACAUUUUUUUCAGAUUUUCAUAGCCAAUCUGAGAGAUGGCAACAUUAUUUCGUACAGAUGUGCUGCUUUGUAAAUUUACCGUGAAGUGUCGUUACUCAACGGUGAAAUGCUGUCUUAAAACGGCAGUUGGAUUAAAGAAAAAGUUGAUAAUUUUAAUAAGUUGUUAUGCUAUUUUAUAUCAAUCACUUAGCUUUACAAGUAUAAUAUGAAGCUAAAGAUCUAGUCAUUAUUUAAUAAUUACAACCAUAGAUAACUAUUAGCACAAAUCAUUUUACUGCACAAAAUGUGAUAUACGUUAUGUAUUUAUCGAAUUGUUAUCUAAUUAUCUUAAAAGUAAUAUAAAAUUGGAUAUCAAAUUAAUAUUAUUUUCAGAAAUGCAUACAUUUUAACUAAAGUAAGAUUGAAACUUCGUCCAUAUAAUAUUACAAUUUGUGCCUUAUAAGAAUUAAAUUGCUUUUGAAAUUAAAUAUAAAAUCUUUUAGAACGUUUCAAAUAAAAAUGUGCACGUCAAUAACAUCGAUCUGUCAAAAAUCAUCAAUUGACAACAAAUUAGUAACUUAUUAGCGCAAUUAUCUUUUAACUCAGAGAUUCAGACUAUAGAUAAAUAUAUUUUUAUUAUUAGUAAAUAUCUGUGUUGUUGAAAUGAUUUUUUAUUUAAAACGCACAUUUUUAUUUUAAACGUAUUAAACUAAAGUUAAAUACCAAAAUGUUCUAGAGUUAUGUUUA